UUUCCCACCCAUCGAUUCCUCUCGGACACUGCCCAAUCUCUCCAUACUCUCUCUCUCUCUCUUUCGACAAAAGAAAAAGUCAGCGCCGUCCUUUACGCCAUAGUUUGUCUCCUUCUCUCUUCUCUCCUCACCAACAGAACCAAAAGCAAAGAAAUCGAGCUUACUUUCCUAAAUCCCAACAACAAAAACCCAUCAAGAUCAUCAAAUUAUGUCUGAAGAUUGGGAUCUCUUCGCCGUUGUAAGAAGCUGCAGCAACAGCUCUUCGGUCUCCUCGGCAACUACUAACACAAACGACCGAGGAAACUGUAAACAACUAGAUCCUCCUCUUCCUCCUCCUCCUCCUCCUCCUCCUCUGUUCACACACAUCGGUGAAGAAAGAGACAUAGAUUCUUGCAACGAGCUACAAGAUUCUUGCAAACCCUUUUUACCGGUUACUACCACUACUACAACUUGGUCUUCUUCUCCACUUCCUCUUCCUCCUCCUUUAGUUUCAUCAGCUCCUCCUAAUAUCUUAAUGAAACAAGAACAAGGACAACUUGAAUCAGUACAAGAUCAGAAACCUCCUCUUGGUGUUAGGUCGUCUUUCCCACCUUCCACAACCAUUUCUUCUUCUUCUGUCUUUGUUUUCCGAGGUCAACGCGACCAGCUUCUUCAACAACAAUCACAAACUCCUCUUCGAUCUAGAAAAAGAAAGAAUCAGCAAAAGAGAACCAUUUGUCAUGUAACUCAAGAGAAUCUCUCUUCUGAUAUGUGGGCAUGGCGUAAAUACGGUCAAAAACCCAUCAAAGGCUCUCCGUAUCCAAGGAAUUACUAUAGAUGCAGUAGCUCAAAAGGAUGUUUAGCAAGAAAACAAGUCGAAAGAAGCAACUUGGAUCCGAAUAUCUUCAUCGUCACUUACACCGGAGAACACACUCAUCCUCGUCCUACUCACCGGAACUCUCUCGCAGGUAGCACACGUAACAAAUCUCAACCCGUUAACCCGAUACCUAAACCCGACCACUCAUCGGGUCAAACCGUUUCUGGUUCGAAUACCGUAAAAGAAGAGGUUCAUCUUUCUCCGACGACACCGUUGAAGGAAAACGACGACGUUCAAGGAACUAACGGAGACGAAGAAGUCAACAUGGAAGACGAGGAGUUAGAUGAAGUCGAAGAAGAAGAAGAAGAAGAAGAAGAAGAAGAGGAGGAAGAUGAAGAUGAAGAUUGUGACGUGGAUGAUGUUUUGAUACCGAAUUUCGCGGUGAGAGAUCGAGAUGAUUUAUUCUUCGCUGGAAGCUUUCCCUCUUGGUCCGCCGGAACCGCCGGAGACGGUGGUGGAUGAUGAAGAAGAAUAUUAUCUCUAUUUUAAAACAACAAAAAGUCAGGUUUUUAAUUAUUAUUUUUUAUCUUGUUAAAACUUGACAUUUAUUGUGUUAUUAAAGAAUAUAUAUAAAGUAGAAAAAGAGGGAGAGAUAGGAGACAAAAGAGUAGUCUACAAUCAUAUUUCGUUUUGACUGAUAGCUAAAACUUAGAAAAUUACUCUAGUAAUUAUGUGUCGAUUAAAAUUGACAUUGCAUAAUACCAAAGCUUUUUCUUGGUCCUAAAU